AUGAGUUCAAAAUAUGAUUUUCUGAAGGAUGUUAAUCCUGCCAAGGAGGACUGGAGGAUUAAGGUGAAGGUGGUUCGGACUUGGAAAGUUCCUAACUUUCAGCGUAAAAAUUUGGAGGACAAUCUUGAAAUGGUUUUAUUGGGUGAACAGGGUGGUAGGAUCCACGCCACUGUCAAAGAUACCUUGCAGGUGCGGAAUAAAAUCAACGAAGGAGAGUGCUAUUACGUCAUUGGUUUAAUCUCAAGAAUUGGGAAAGUUUGUGAUCGUGUAGUUUCUGGUAAGAAGAAAAAAAUGGUGGUGUUGGAGCUUGACGACCUGAGGGGUCAUAAGUUGGAGUGCACUUUGUGGGAGCAUUAUGUGGAUGAGGUCCAAUCUUUUUUGGCAGACAACGACGAUCCUCAUAACGUCCUGAUAGUCCAACUGGGAAGGAUUAAGUGUUUUAGAGGUAAGGUCGGGAUAACAAAUACAAAAUAUACAACAAGGAUUGUAAUGGAUUCAAAACUGAAUGAGAUUGUUGAGUUCAAAAAACGUCUCUCGAUUGAUGGUGUGGAAAGUAGUACAAGGAUGACUCGAUUGUCUACUCAGUCAUCCUAUUCUUUCAAAAAUGAUUUUCUUAAGGAGACUGAAAAAAGUCUAUCAGUGAUGUGA